GGUCCCACAUCCUGGUACUUUUUAGCGUUGUCAAGGCAGCCUCAGAGCACGGCAGGCUGGCGGAAAGUAGCUGCAGUGUCCUGGCAAAAAUAUCUGUCCAAAAACGUUCACUAAACUGUCCCGGAAAGUUAGGUGUAACUAAAAGACAGGCAGCAGACUCAGACAGGCGGCAGUCCGUGUGGACAAGAGGAGGAAGAUCUUGUCCAUUGUGCCUCUGAGAGAGACAGCGCUUUAGGCACCAUUUACGCUCUCAUGUGGACACCUGCAUAUUGAUGUGAUGUCUGAGAGAUUUGGUAGCUGCUCAGUAGAGCAAACACACCUACUGCAGCAUCGUACAGGAGGACACAAUGUAAGGAAUCUGGACAGAGGGGAUGAAUUGAAUCAGUGUGACAAGGGAAGAACCAACUAGUACUGCUGGAUGAAAACUGAUGAGCUGUCUAAGCUGGCAAUAGCAUGCCAACUGCAAAAGGUAAAGGUGGUCCAGCGUCCCACCGCUACCGGCCUGCCUCAGAGUACGACGAUGCCACCCUUGCUCAAAAGAGAGAAUACUGGAGAACCAAGAAACGAGAGCAGAGGGCCCGACUGUCAGAGCGGAGAGGAAAGCCAACACAAGACAGUCAAGGGGAGAAGCUCCUGCAUCUAAACGCCCCUGCAGUGGUGAAUUCCAGUUUACCUGGCUCCUUAGCUACUCCCCCUUCUCCUAUGCAGAGUAAUGAUGAGUCAUACAAAACAGCUAAUGUCUCUCCUGCAUCACUGAGUGAAAAUACAGUCGGCGACAGUUCAGUUGAAGCCACUGAGAGCCAAAAGGAGAGAUGGUUCCAGACAAUGAAACUCAACAAGGUCUUGCCUCACCUGCCAGCAUCAUGUUCCAUCUCAGCCAAAGCUGCUGGGGGCAGCACUGCCACAGUGAAAUGCAGACCAGCAAGGGGUGCUGUGAACAGAGCUGUUACCUCACCCACACCUAGUGGAACCCAGCUGAACACCAGUUCCUCAGUGCCUCCAGUCAGAGUGACCAGAAUUACCAAUGGCAGCUAUGCCAAAACAACACCUCAGCCACGUGUGUCUAUACAGGGCACAUCAGUCCCCAAAACACAACAGAAGGCACGAGUUACAUUACGCAUUCAGCCUAAACUCUUACCCAGCAAUGUGACCACAGGUAUGAUUCUUGUGUCUUCUCCAUGUAGCCCCAUUUCUGUUAAAACAGAGGGCAAACCAGUGAACACAACACCUCAAAGUGGAACAAAGAGUGCCUUGGUCAUCACACAGAGGGCUAAAGGUGUUGGCAACUCACAAUCUUCCAUGGAGUCCGAGGAGGAGAGAGCAGCGAAGCGCAGAGAGCACUGGCGGAUCAAAAAGCGAGAACAGCGAGCAAAGCUGGCUGCUCGGAUAGCUAAAGCCAGAGAGAGGACGCAGGGCGUAGAGAUGAUGGUACAGAGACAAACAGCACAAAAAACAAUGGGUGGCACUCAGUCAUUUUUGAGAGGAGCAGGCCAGAGGCAGUGUCCUACUCGGGUCAAAACUUCAUUUACAUCUGCCAAAAGGGAGAAUAAUAAGCAAAGUGGAGCAGCAGGUGUAGCUACACCUAACCUGCAAGUAAAUCAGAUAAAAGUACAAAAUCCACAUGAGAAUAGGACAACACAGACAGCAAUUAUGUCUAAUGUUAUUUCUGUGAAAAGACCGGGAGAAUCACAGAGAAAGCCUCCAAGUUACAUUCAUCUUUCUAAUGUAACCCGAGGGAUCGCACGAUGUAAAACACCUAGACAGAGGUUCAUUGAAGCCCAGAAGAAUUUUUUGAAUCAAAGGAACAUAAGAUGUAAAUCCCCACUGCUUACUUCAGUCUUUGGUACCAGAAACAUCCCCAGAAUCGACCCCAAUGACACACCCGAGCAGAUAAUAGCGAAACGGCGAGAGUACUGGCGGAUCAAAAAGCGCGAACAGCGAGCCAAGCUGUCAAUGGAGGUGAAGGCUCGGCUGAAGGAGAAGGACUCUCUGAUGCGGAGGGUGAAGCGCUACCAGAAGAUCCUAGAGGAUAUGAGGAAGGCCAGAGCACUGACACAAUCAGCAGGAAACACUCUUACCCACGCCUCUGAGACCAUUGGAGGGUUCAUCAAGGAGGAUGGGACAGUGACCAUUAACAUUCCCCAAGGUCCAACAGGUCACAACACAGCAGCAAAUAAAAGUGAAGAAGAACUUCAUCUAGAUUCCAAUAAUACCCCCAUUACACAACCUCAACAUCAGUCUAAUGUUAAACGGAGAGGUAUUGCACCUGUUAAGAUAAACCAGCCCCCCGCUCCACUCUGCCCAGCUCAGGUCAAAGUCUCUUUUCCCCUUUCUGGACAGUCAGUCAACAAGCCUCUAAGACUAUUGUCAGUCAGACCAAGGACUCAACUUGAAAGCACAACUGUUCCUAAUUCACACUCCUUACCAAUCCAAACCGUAGGUCAGAUCACGCUCACUCAUCCCCCAUCCUCUCAAAAUGCCAUUUCUGGAGGAUCAGCAGCAGGGUCGAACCUCAGUGGCUGUGUCAUGAAAAUGGCUGUUUCAAAUAGUGCGCCAUCACUAUCAGCACUCUCUCUGGAUCCAGAGCUGACAGAGGAAGAGAGGAUGGCAAAGAAGAGGGAAUACUGGAGGAUAAAGAAACGUGAGCAGCGAGCGGCUCGUGCAGCGCGGCUAAAACAGGGUGUCUUACAAGCGAGGGCCAACGCAGUCUUACAGAAGAGGAAAGCCCAGAAGCAAGUAGCAGUAACCACUGUACCACUGAGCAGAAGUCUGACUAACCAUACAGCAAAUGCAGAACCUCUUCCCAACAACAGUGUGCCUGUUACACCAAAUGCAAAUGAGAUAAAACAAGAGGCUGAGUCUAUGCCAGCAGUUGACCUAAAUUCUCAACCAGAACAAGCCAUCUGUCCAGAUAUCAAACCCCCAACCUCCCCACCUCCACCUCUACCUCCAGUGCCCCAGCCAGAGUCUGAUCCAGCUCUGAGUGCAGACAGCCAAGCUACCACUCUGCUAGCCGUGGCCUCUAUGAAGAAGCUCCUGGAAGAAUCACUCAGCACAGUGAGGGAAUGUAAAAGUGAGCAGACUGACAUUAAAAUAGAAACAACAGAGGAGGCUUUGGAGCGAGGCAUAAAGCCAAAUUUACCUCAGCUCUGUUUUGAUAAGGAUGAGGUGGCUCCCAUUGCUGCUGACCUGACACUGCAGAUAAAAAGCUGGCAGCCAGAUACUGAUGCCUUAGCACACACAGGUUCACCAAGCCCUCAUCUCAAAGACUCAUCACAAAUUAGUGAGACACUUCCACCUCUCCCUACCUCCAGUGAAACAGUCCUGCAUCCCACCUGUGAGCACUCUUCCCAGACCCCUUCGAACUUCAUAGUAAACUCCUCCAUGGAGGCCUCUGAGGGUCCAUCCUCACCACGCAGAACCCAGAGGCUUCGCACCAAAAAAGUGGGCCACCAAAACUGCUGCUCCCCAGAGCCACCAAAGCUGCAUCACUUACUGCUGGAUCAACCACAUCCACAGCAACAACACACUGAACAACAGUGUCAGGCACAAGAACAAAGCCAAAACAGCAACUCGCCAUCGGCACAAAGAUAUCGCAGUGUGGGGAGUGAGCAGGGCAGCCUGACCAGCCUGCAGCGGAAGAGGGAAUACUGGAAGCUGAUGAAGCGGCAGCAAAGGGCCAGGUUAAAGGCCAGACAGAAAGAGAGACACGGAGAAUGCAGCAGUCCGCUUUCCCCAGCAAACAUCCAGGCUCCAGGUCUUGUUAUUAUCAACACUGUUAAGGGUGUAAAUCCUCAAGCAAAAUCAUCUCUCCAACCCAAGCCAUCGAUUGCCUCUCUGACUGCAGUGACCAGCAUCCCCACUGUCCUUGUCGUUAGCCCCACAACAUGUAAUGCUGAACAGUCACCGGGCACUCUCCAGGUCAAAUUGCCGGUCACCAGUGUCUCCUGUUCACCCAGAGGUGAGCAGAAUGACAUAAGCAUUAAGCUGAGUUCACGAAAGUGGAUGUCUAGAAGCACAGAUGUAGACUCAGCCCCCUCUCUUCCCUACUCUGAAGCCCCCAGAAAACCCACUGUCCAGCAUUAACCUGCAACCCAUUGAACCUCCUGGUCAAACUCCAAAUUCCACCCUCAGUCCAAUGAAAAUCCCUUGUUCUCAACUUCAGAGCCCCACACAUAUGAUACAGCCUCCCACUAAGCUGGCACCUAUGAGCACCAUGGUUCCACCGA